AUGCAGAUCAGAUUUCGGAUUCGUAACGAACCUCUGUCGACCAGCACCAAGACCAGCACCAGCAACAGCACCAGCACCAGCCAUCACGAGGUUGAGCACGACUCCUCGACAAAUACAAAUACUAUCCAGGGCAGAGGCAGGCACCAAGCAAGAAGUCGAUUCGGAUGCACAGAAUGCAAGCAGAGACAUGUAAAAUGCGACGAAGCAUACCCUGUCUGCACACGCUGCCGGAAACGCGGCUCAAUCUGUAAAUCCGCUCCUCGACUUAGAAGAUGGCAAAACGAAGGACCAUGGACAAAGCUUCGCAGCCGCUCUUCCCUGCCCUCCUCAGAACGGCUUAUCGACAUUUCGGACACAAAUAGCAAGUCCUUGCUCCGCUACUGGCUUGAAAAGGCUAGCCAAAUCAUGGUCAUUGACCCUGAUGACAAUCCGCUCUCAUUUCCAAUCCUUGAAUAUGUUGAACGAUGUCCCAGUCUCAAGCACGCUCUGCAGAGUGUCGGCGCGGCUCAUAGGAACUUUUUCGAUCCUCAGCAGCUAUCAAAAUGUUUGGAGGAAAGACACUCAGCGCUCCAGCUAAUCAUCAACGACCUUUCGUGUCCUGGCGACAACCUCUUCCCCCUCUUCUUGACUAUCCUACUCGUUGGUUUAUCAACGGCUUGGACCAACCCUCCGACGGCUGAUUUCGGUGAGAAACAUCUUAGUGGAGCGCGCGCACUGGUUGACACCCUUUUGCACGACUAUUCAACUCAGCAAAAACGACCUUCCUACUUUACUUUCGUCAUUGGGGCAUACCUGUAUUGGGACAUGUCUACAGCCUUUCUAGUUCCCAGUCAAGUUCAAUCACCAUUAAACACGAACCAGAUAUACACGGCCAUCCUGGAUAUCGGCCAGGAAUAUCAUCCGUUUGGUGGUUACACGACAGAAAUUUUCUAUCUUCUCGGCAACGUCGGUCGUUAUUGUCGGUCGGUAGUGGAAACUGGUAUUCGUGACGAGUCAAUUGAGAUAGUUUUGGAAGAGGAGAUGGAGAAGUGGCAGCCCAAUUACGAAAGCCCACAGUUGGGGGUUAUAGGCGAUGCGUUUAGGUCUCACGGACUCAUCAGUCUUGCCGCCAUCUGUUUCCGACGCAUCGCUCAAUGGUGGCAAAAUAUAUGGACAUCAUUUGCCAACGAUGAUCUCGAGGCCAAUAUCAGAUCACGGGCUUUGGCUGUCGUGCGAGACCUUACUUCAAUCCCCUCCAGCCACGCCUGCACCAAUCUGCAAGCGAUCCCACUCUUUACUGCAGCGUCUGAGCUUCCUAAAGAAUAUGAGAAGGAGAGGGACCUGGCGGUCCUGCGGUUUAAGGAGCUGUACUCACUGAAUCAUCUGCGGGCCAACUUGACAGCCCUUGAGAUACUCCCAGAAAUAUGGAAGCGACACGACGCGGGCGAGAUGAUCAGCUGGAUGGAGGUUAUGAUGGAGAAGGGAUGGAAUAUCAUGCUGGGGUAA